ACAACCGCUCGUUCACUUCUACUAUCCGUCUUGUUGAGGCAUUUGGGUCUCUGCUGCUCAGCCGCAGAUUACUUGUCCUUUCAAAUACCUACCCUUUCCUUCUUUGUCUAGCCGCAGUAGCUGGAACUUCAUAUCCCAACGCGCAUCUAAGUUCCUACGAGAUAUGGACGCGCCGCAGGUUCAAGUGGGCGCGCCGGAGACCUCUUCGAACGUCGGAAAAGAAAGCGAAAGCACGUACCCUACACAGAAAACUGGCGACCGUGAUGUGGAUGUAACUGCGCCUUCGAGUGGUGUGAACGAAGGCCAGGCAGACUCCACUGAAGACAUCGAUCUGCCAGACGCGGGCGCAGCUGAGCCAGAAACGGCACCAGCACCCCCCAAGAAAAACCCUGGCUUCCAAUUCCUUGACUUUCUGAAGUCACCUAUCGUGGAACUGGUCGUCGGAACUGGAGAGAGCAAAACUAGCUUGUCGGCACAUCAAAGUUUGCUUUUGGAGUCGCCUAUUCUUGCAGAGAAGGUCACUGCCUUGGGUGAAUCGAGCGCUCGUCGCAUUGAGCUUCCCGAGGAGAAUGUGGAAGCCUUUGGUUAUUUCCUCCAAUUUCAGUAUACCCGCGAUUAUUCGGCCUCCCAGCUCGAAACACCUACCGAACAAGAAGCAGUCUCCGGCGAAAUAGACGAUAGUGGCGAACAAUUGUUGAAGCAUGCGCGAGUAUACACCUUGGCCGACAAGUUGGGGAUCCCUGCGCUCAAAACACUAGCACACUCAAAGAUUCACCGUAUCAACAGCACCUCGCAUGGAGAAAUCGCAUAUGCUCGCUAUGUCUACAUGAACACUCCGGUCGACGAUGUUACUAUUCGAAAACCAGUGGCCACCUUCUGGGCCCUGAGGAGCCACAUUCUCCGCCACGAGGCUGAAGAGGAAUUCCGAAAGCUGUGUAUUGAGGUUCCCCAAUUCAGCUUCGAUGUUCUUAGUCUUGUCCUCGAUCAGAAGGAGAAGCGUGCCCAGGACAAGGCUGAGUCUGAGUCGGCCGUGAAAGGAAGCGGACGGAAACGACUUCGGAGUGGGCUAUAGUAAACGAAAAUUUUAGAGAUUUGAUUGAAUUCUACACCGGAUAAGGGGGGAUAAGAAUGACG